UUGUUUUUUCAGCUAUUAAGAAGAUUACCGCUGUUGUUACAGACAAGAGAAUAAUUUGCGUUUUUAUUUAGCAAAUGCAGAUUGUGAAGUAAAUUACAUAAAUUUGAUAACAAGUGCGAGUUAUGUAUUUCCACUCUUCCAGAAUCGCUAGCAUGCGUUCAGUUUGUUAUGUUGUGAGUUAUAGUUAAUUGGGUAGUUUUAUGGACUCUAUUCAUUUCAAUAUGUCUGCAGCCGACGAAUUUGAGGAACCAGCCCCUACGCCAACAUAUAAUUGUAAGAGGUGCAAAAAGACUUUCUCAUGUAAAAGGGAUCAGCUUCUUCAUAAAAAAGAAGUACAUUUUCAAGCAAAAUCAUCUUAUGAAUGCAAGUUGUGCUCCAAAUUUUUCUGCAAUGGUGGCAAUUUGGAACGCCACAUGAAGGUGCAUAAUGAUGUCCGCCCAUUUGUAUGUCAUAUAUGCGAAAAAGCUUUUGCCCAAGCUGUAAACUUACAACGUCACUUUUCGGUGCAUAAUGGCGAAAGACCGUAUCAAUGCAACUUUUGUACCAAAUCCUUUACUCAACAGAGUAACAUGCAUCGCCAUCAAUUAACUCACACUGGGGAAAAACCAUUCCGUUGUAAGCGUUGUGGUCGCUAUUUCUCUCAGCGUGUUAAUCUUAAGAAGCAUAUAAUGGGUCAUUUGAAUGCAAAACCUUACGCCUGUGGAAUAUGUCAAAAAUCAUUUAUUCAACUUAGUAAUUUCAAGAAACAUUUGCAAUCUCAUGUAAAAGAAGGUGUUGAAGUAGAUAUUGCAGCUACAGUUGCAGCAGCUACAGCGGCAGCGCGCCAAAGUAUUGAGUUGGCAUCGCAACCUGUAGCUUUUGAGUGUGCAAUUUGCCGAAGUAUUUACGAUAACUUUGCAGAUUUUGAAAUGCAUGAGAGUGCCUGUACAGGUGCAGUGCAACCGAAAGUUGAAGCUCUGGACACAAAUACCUCCGUUGACAUGUACUCUCCAAUGAAGUUCGAGGUUGCACAUCUAGACACUCAUGAGAUAAUUAUUGAAACCACCCGAUAAAGUUAAUGUAUUGAAAUACGUAAUAUGCAAGUAAUGUGAGAAAUAAAUUUAAAUUGACCUAAAAUAGGCAAGAAUCAUUAAUAAA